AUGAUGGGUUUGUUCGGCAAAAAGAAGGAUCCAAAGGAGGAAGUUCGCGAGCUCCAACGGAAAAUGCGACAAGAAAUGCGAGCGCUCGAACGUCAAAUCACGGCGAUCGCCAGAGAAGAGCAGAAAGUGACGAAGGAAAUCAAAGCGUCCGCCAAGAAAGGAGACAAAGAAGUCUGUCUGAUUCUUGCGAAAUCACUAGUUCAGUCGAGAAAAGUGAGUUUUAUUGAAAAACUAUUCUAAAAAACAAUACACAUAUAUUGUAGGCGAUUAACAAAAUUCACAUGUCAAAGGCUCAAAUCAACUCGGUGAUUAUGUGCAUGCAGGAGCAGCUGGCGACCAUGAGAAUGGCCGGAUCUCUGCAGAAAUCCACCGAAGUCAUGAAAAGCAUGCAGCAGUUGGUCAAGGUUUGACAAAAACUAGAAAUUCUGUCGAAAACCAGAGAUUUAGGUGCCCGAAAUAAUGAAGACAAUGCGCGAAAUGUCGUCGGAAAUGAUGAAGUUGGGAAUCAUCGAGGAAAUGAUCGAAGAGACGUUGGAAAGCGUCGAAGCGCCCGAUCUGGAAGAAAAGGCGGCGGUAAGCAGAAUUCUAGAAGACUCUAGCCAAGCCAGCGAAAAGACUAAACAAAACAAACAAAAGAACGACGGAACGUUUAUUUCACAGGAGAUUCCUAUGGGUUGUACUCGAUAGGGAGGUUCUUGCGACGGACCAUUCCGUCUCCCUGGAACCACUCGCGACGGAACUGCUUGGCGGCGCCGUCGGGGGUGUUGGUCCACUCGAUCGUGAUGCGGUCGUUGUUCGUGUCCUCCUGUCCGAAGGCGAACGCGUCGCACGAGACGGCGAGAAGCACAGCCUCCUUGGGGUCGAGCACUCCGCACGGCGGGUCCACUCCGAGACGCUUCAUGUUCGUCGUCUUGAUUCCGUAUCCGAUGCGGCGGGCCGACGAGUUGAUCACCUUGAUGUGGUAGGUGUGCUUGUCGUCGUACGGCGCGUUGAACACGAUCUUCACGUUCGGCUGCGUGGCGAUGUCUCCUGGGGGCACGGAUUGGGCCAUGGCGAUUCGAUUCGGUUGAGAGAGUUGGGACUCUGUGAGGAUCCUCACACUUUCCCUCAUUUUAUAGCCAGUCCUUAUCAGAUGCUCUAGAUCUUUACUCCAGAAACCUGGCACCAUCUGAAAGGUUCGGGGAAGAGGUCACGAAGGAAACGGAUGGAAGGCUCUAGAAAGCUAAAAAUUUAAACGUGAAAAAUAACACAAGUAUCCAAACGGGAAUGGUCUCGUACGGGAUGAUGUUUCUCCUGUCUUCGCCCGCGUUCCUACUUUUGAAGUAAAAAGAACAUGAAAACAAUUCAAAAUUUUGAAUUUCAAAUCGGAACUCAGUUUGCACCCACAUUCCCGAAUAUCAACUCUACUCGUCAGAUGUGCGUGCAAUCUUUGGCCAUUUCGAAGUCAACAAAGUAUUUGUCCUUGGCCGUGUUGUUUUCCUCCCUUCCUCUCCCGCACAUUUCCGCCCGCUGGCAGCUGGGCGCUGUCGAUUUCACUCACUCACAAACACGCAACAUGUGUCGAAACUCUACUCUUUUUUCUCUUCUUUUUUUCGAAAAUUUAGUGAGAAAAGUGUCAAAUUUCUCGGCUAGAAUUGGCUAGAAUCAUAGGAGAACUCUCUAAUUCCCAUCCUUUUUUUCAGGAAGAAGUGGAGAACAUUCUGUGGGAAGUGACGCAAGGCGAGCUCGGAAAAGCUCCGUUGGCGGUCAAAUCGCACCUCGGAGACCGUGUCGCGCCGGCCGUCCAAGAGGAUUUUGAAGGAAUGGCUCAGCGGCUCGCCGAGCUCCGUGACUGAUCGGCUCUCUUCUUCUUUUAUAUUUUACUUGUGAUCCGACCCUCUUCUAUUCGCUAAUUACUGUCUUAUACGGAAUCCCAUCUACUGAAUAUUUGUGCAUACUCGUCCCCCGACCCAAAAUAAACUCAAAAUCUUCUAUUGUUACUUUUCUCCUAGAUUUCCCCCGUUUUUGUUUACAAUUAACCACUUAAAUGUUGCAGAAUGAGUAAGUUCUACGCGGUGGCUCACGGCUUCCAGCGCGGAGUGUUCACCGAAUGGGCGGACGCCAAAAAGCAGAUCGACAAGUUUCCGCAGCCCGUCUACAAGAAGUUUGACAGCGAGGAGGAGGCGCAGAAGUACGUCGACGAUCGGAAACCGCAAAAAGUCGAGUGUGAGUGCAUUUCCUUUAGAAUUUCCUAAAAAAUCACUUUUCAGUAUCCUUCCCAGAGCCGACCCAUUCGACGUACUACGCAGUGGCUCGCGGACACGUCGUCGGAGUGUUCACCGAUUACAAUGCGGUGAAAGAACACGUGAGUUCGGAGGUUUCCAUUCAUAUUUUCAAAGAUUUUUCAGAUCAAAAACUAUCCACAGCCGCUUCACAAGAAAUGGUCGAGUUUGGACGAGGCGGUCGCCUAUUUCCACAAGUUUUACGACGGAAAAGAGGAGAAAACUGGUACUGUUUCCAGAGAAAGUUGGGAUGAAUUUGUGAAUGUAUGAAUUUUUCAGAGACGAAGAAGAAGGAGGAGAAGCCGGCCGAUAAGACUGAAAAACCAGAAAAGCGCGAGUCGAAGCGCAAGGCCGACAAGGAAGAAGCUGUGGAGAAGAAGAAGAAGAAGUGAUCGUUACGAAUUCUAUCAUUUUAUCGUUCUCUAAUACUUACCACAUUGAUAAAGUGUUCAUUUUACCGAUUUCCGCCUAAAAUUCCCCAUUCUCUUAUGGUUUUCCUUUCCAAUAUUUUCAGUCAAAAGCCUCCCAAUCGUGCUUUUUCGAGAUUUUCAGCGUAUUAUUCGAAGCGUUGAAGAUCGGCGGAGCUCCCUCGCCGAAAUGGGUAAAACAGAUCAAUAUUAUGCAGUGGCGAGUGGCCGUCAGGUAAGAAAAGGCAAAAGAGACCAUGAGGCUGUUUAUUAUCCAAAUCUUUGGGUCUAUCUAUGGGUUGUACUCGAUUGGGAGGUUCUUGCGACGGACCAUUCCGUCACCCUGGAACCACUCGCGACGAAACUGCUUGGCGGCGCCGUCGGGGGUGUUGGUCCACUCGAUCGUGAUGCGGUCGUUGUUCGUGUCCUCCUGUCCAAAGGCGAACGCGUCGCACGAGACGGCGAGAAGCACAGCCUCCUUGGGGUCGAGCACUCCGCACGGCGGGUCCACUCCGAGACGCUUCAUGUUCGUCGUCUUGAUUCCGUAUCCGAUGCGGCGGGCCGACGAGUUGAUCACCUUGAUGUGGUAGGUGUGCUUGUCGUCGUACGGCGCGUUGAACACGAUCUUCGCGUUCGGCUGCGUGGCGAUGUCUCCUGGGGGCACGGAUUGGGCCAUGGCGAUUCGAUUCGGUUGAGAGAGUUGGGACUCUGUGAGGAUCCUCACACUUCCCCUCCUUUUAUAGCCAGUCCUUAUCAGAUGCUCUAGAUCUUUACUCCAGAAACCUGGCACCAUCUGAAAGGUUCGGGGGAGAGGUCACGAAGGAAACGGAUGGAGGGUUCUAGAAAACUAAAAAUUUCAACUUCAUUUCUGCAGGUCGGCAUCUACCGUACAUGGAAUGAGUGCAAAACGCAAGUCGAUGGCUUCCAGAAUCCGAGGUAACUCCCCCCACCAGCCAGUGCACCGUUUCUAGCCAAAACGUUUCCCAUUCAGGCACCAAACAUUGUUUUAGAUUCAAAAAGUUUGGCAGCGAAGCGGAAGCGCGUAAGUUCAUCGCCGAGAAUGUGACCAUCGCGGGCACGUCUUCGAAGUCUCCGUUCGUGGCCGGAAAAUCCAGGAAGCGGAAAGCCGGAUCGCCGAGCAGUUCUGACGCCUCGGCGGCCAAGAGAAAUGCGGUGGAAGGAGAAGAGGGUGAGACUUUUGUGCUCGAACCAUUAAAUCUCAUUCUUCUUUUCCAGUAAUCGAGCCUGAAUUCGUCAACGCUCCGGUCGUCUACACGGACGGCGCGUGCUCGUCGAACGGACGGAAGAACGCGAAAGCGGGAUGGGGAGUGUACUGGGGCGAGGGAAGCGAGGACAACGCGUUCGGAGCGGUCUACGGAGCGGCGACCAACAACCGCGGCGAGCUUAUUGCCGUGGAGAAGGCACUCGAGAAAGCCAUCGAGAAAGGGCUGCCGAGGGUGGUGGUCAAGACGGACUCGAAAUUGCUGAUCCAGUCGAUGACGAUGUGGAUUCAGGGGUGGAAGCGGAAGGGAUGGGUGACUUCGACCGGAACGCCCGUCCUCAACAAAGACGUCCUCGUGAAAAUCGAUAAUUUGAGACAGAAGCUUAAGGUAUUAAAAUUCCGUUGUUUCCCUUGAAAUUUCGUUGUUUCAGGUGAAAUUCAUUCAUGUUCGGGGUCAUGCGGGUAUACACGGAAACGAAAUGGCGGACGAGUUGGCCAGAAAAGGAGCUCAAUUGUAUCAACAAAACUGA